AUGUAGUAUGCAGCAACCAGCAAAUGCAAAUUGAUGUCUCCUUAGAUAGAACAAGAGAUGAACUCUAAGGGCUUGGAUAAUUCAAUUUUGGAAAUGAGUCCAAUGAAGAUAGAAACUUCUAACCCAGGCGUUUCAACAACUUAGCAAUUGGUUUCUAUAUAGAAAUUCGGUGGGGUAACCAUGAGGAUCAAUUCAAUCCCAAUUGACACAUUAUAACCGCCAGAUUUACCUGAAUCGGAAGGAAUAUUGUCUAUCGACAAAUAAAGGGAAAAUCAAGCGAUGCUGUCAAAAAAGUAAUCGCCAUUCGCUAAGUUAAUUAUUAAUUGUCAUUCAUUGAAGUUUGCCAACAAAAUGAUUAGCUUUAUAAGACCUGAUUGUAAAUUUUCUCAAAAAUAGCACCAGAUUUUAAACGACCAAGCAAGUUCGUAUAUGAGAUAGAAAGGUAAGAUAAGUGGCAAUUUUGUGCAAUAAAACCUCAAUACGAUAGAUUUGCAGAUCAGACUCAAAUUGAGGACAUGGAAAAAUGGAAUAGUAAAUAAAUUAUAAGGAUGCUUCACUUAAUUAUAUAAUUACAUCCCAUUAAUAGAACCAAAUAAUAUUUAGAAAUUAGUGUGGGACUUUUUGCUCUGUCUCAUUCGCAUAUACUUGAUAAUCUGGUCUCCCAUCAUAAUAUCGUUUCCAUUUUUGUAGAAUGACCAUGCAAGCUAUUUCCUAUUCAGUUGCGUAUUUCUGGCAUUCGAUUUGCUGAUUAGAAACUUCACCAUUUAUUUUCACAAAGGAUUGCCAGUCAGAGAUCGCUCAAAAUUAUUUAAGAAGCAAAUUAAUUUUGGUUUAGUAAUCGAAUUAGGGAGUAUCUUAUUCGGAAUCCUGGUAUCCCUCGAUUACUAAUUAAGCACAUGGUUAUUCAUCCUGUUUUAUUAUUAAUUGAGAAACAUAAUGAAAUUGGUCGACAUCAUUCAAUAUAAUUUGAAGCCCACUAAAAUGGUCAGUUCUGUCAUAGAUCUUUUCAAAUUAAUAGCUACCGUGUUAUUAAUACAGCAUUUUUGUGGUUGUUUAUGGUAAUGAGUUUAAUUCCUAAUUGCUUAGGUUAAAAUUAGGUUAGUAUUACGAUAGUCAAGGAAAAAUGAACUGGAUGAUAGAUGUAAAGGAUGAAAGUUGGUAGGUGCAAUUUCUUGAAUCCUUUUACUUCAUGAGCGUGACCAUGUUUACUGUAGGAUAUGGAGAUAUCACACCCACAAGUAAAGAUACAUUAUUAUAUGAUUAGAUUCACUGGAAAAGAUGUUUUGUAUUUGUUACAUGUUCUUGUCCACUUUGCAAUAUUCCUAUUCAGUCAACACAAUUGGGUUAAUCCUUACUGAGAUGAAAGAAAAUAAUGAAAUGAUUAGAUAAAAGAUGACAUGCAUUAAUGAGUAUUUGCACUGUAAGAAAUUGAGUACUGAACUCUCUAUGAAAGUAAGGGAGUAUUUUAAUUUUUAUUGGAAUCAAGAAAUUAUCCAAAAGAAAAAUGAACAAAUAAGACUCAUCACUCUAUUACCAGAAGAUCUUUAAAAGAAGUUGAAGCUGGAAUCAGCCUCAUCUUUGAUUAUCAAAUGUCCCUAUUUUUCUCAGUUUCCUAAACCUGCUUUAGAGUGUCUACUCUAAAACAUCGAAUUUAAUAUCUUUUAACCAGGUGUCUAUGUAAAUCCAUAAAAUUAUAUUUACAUAAUAGAAAAUGGAAAAGUUGAAGUCAUGCAAGAGAAGGUUUGAUUAUAAAUAUUUUAGGUUGUCAUUGACACACUAAAAGAGAAUUAGUAUUUUGGUUUACAAGAACUCUUUUCAUAAAGUGAUAAAGUCACCUAUAAAUCAGCAGAUUUCACCAGUCUAUUAAUGAUUCCACGUUCUGAAGUCCUCAAAGUUGUUAGUAAAUUCCAAUUACAAAUCAUACCCGAUAAGUUUUGUUAUAUCUGUCAUGAUAAAAGACAUUAUACUCAUUAAUGUAAUGUUGUCCAUUAUAUCCCUGAUAUUGAGAAGGUAAUUAUGAGAUAUCAUUUUAAUAAUGUUCAAGAAAGAGGCACAUUAAGAUAAACUUAGAAAAGUCGGACAAAAUUUUAUGCAUUGAAUGAAUAAGUUCUGAUAUAAGGUAGUGCUAAAAUAUAUCAAUUGGAGAAUGAUAUAGUUCCAGAAAAUGAAAUCCAAGAACAAUAGAGUCAAGGCUUUAGUAUCCAUCAAAAUGGACCUCCGAAAAUUAAUGUUGUUACUUUUGAAGAUCAACAGGUAUAAUUAAAUCCUCCGGAAUGGCUGGUCGAAACUUCAUUUAAUCCUGCGAAAUUCAUGCAAAGAACCAGCUUAUUACAAUAGACUCAAAUCUUAGAUAGUUUUAAGAACAAAAGGGAUAAGAAACUUUUGCUAUCUGGAAACACCAAUAAAUAAAGUGAUUUAACAGUGCUUUCAGACAAACCGGGAGACUUUCAAGAAGCUUUAACUAAAUUGUAAUCCAUUCUACCCAAAUUGUCAAAUAAUGAAUACGAGAAAUGUUUCCUACUCAUUAAAAAGCUCGAAGGAGAGUUAGGCUUAACUGAAAUUCCAGAUUUUGAAUAGCUUAGGGAAUUUGAUAAAUUUGAUAGAGAAUGGAACAUUGAUAGAAUCAUUACUAAACUGAUGAGACCUAUACGAAAAAAUAAUACAGAAUUAUUAAAUUAAUUAUUAAACAAGUAUUCGAAAUAUCUACUAUUUCCUUAUGAAUUUAUACGUCUAUUUAGAAAUUCCUUAAUCGAAGAAGAAGAUAUUAAACAGAAUAAAUCGUAUUUGGAGUAAGUUAGACAUAGUGUUAGACACUUUUUAAAAAGAAAGGCAACAUAAGUAUUCCCGACGAAAUGA